AGACUUCCACUCCAAAACCACCCGACGAUUCCUGCGGAAAACUUCUCCCAAACCUCCAACCCACUUGUCUCCAUCGCACAAACAACGCGGCUGGUUGGCCUUGGCAGGACCAACGUCGCCCUAGGGUGAAAUAGUCGCUAGCAGAGAAGGAGGUAGAACCGAGAGAGCGUCGGAGGAGAACCUACCAGCGACCACCCAACCGGCAGCCAUGAGUAAAGAUUCGCUUGGGGAAAUUGACUGCCUUAGGUGAAAAACACGUUUUCAGGGGAUUUGCACGACUGGAUCAAGUAUCGUGAGGUCGUGACUCUGAGAGAGAUGGCGUUGCUCCAUGAUUUUAGGCGGCAAACAAUUGCAGCAUUGCCCCUGGCGAGUGCGAGGAAUGGAUACAUACUCACUUCCAUAUUCUAGCAUAGCUUGGCUUCGGGCUUCGGGUAUAAGGGACCCAUGCUUGCCGACCCGAAAUCCAAGUCUUUCGAGAGCGCCUUUCUGGACUGAUACUUUGACCGGCCGAGCGCGGGUACAUUUGGUCGAACCUGCGGACAAACCCUUUGUUACUUAAUAAAGCCGGCGGCCAAUUAGUAUGCACUUCAUUGUUGUUGUUGUUGUUGUUAUUAUUAUUAUUAUUAAGUUUGGACGUGUUGUGUAGUCGUAAUGCAAUUACUAAGUUAAGGCUGUUUGGUUUAUGUUGGGCCUGUUUGGGAAUAACGUUAGAGAUUAGCGUUAGCGUUUUGGAUAAAAUUUUCACGGUGCAGAUCACUUUGAAAACGCUAACGCUAAACGCUGCCCGUAGAUAGUUUUUUCAAAACGCUAACGCUGUUCCCAAA